AUGCUUCAAAGUCUUCUCCUCAGCGUUCUAGCAACAGGGCUUCUCGUUCAUGCAACUCCUGUUCCCGCACCAACGGGCGUACCAACCACCUCUACUGCUAAUACCGAACUUGCUGCUUUGACUGUUGCUGCGGCUGGACCUCAAGAUGGUUAUGCUAGAAAUUUGUUUCCUACUUGGAUAACCAUCUCCGGUAAUUGUAACACACGCGAAACAGUCAUAGAACGUGACGGUACCGACGUCGUCGUUGACGCAUCCUGUACAGCCACAUCAGGAAACUGGGUAUCUCCCUACGACGGAGCCGUCUGGACCUCGGCCUCAGACCUCGACAUCGACCAUCUCGUCCCCCUAAGCAACGCCUGGAAAGCCGGCGCCUCAGCCUGGACAACCGAUCAACGCCGAACCUUCGCUAAUGAUCUCGUCAACCCACAAUUAUUAGCUGUAACCAAUAGAGUUAAUGAGAGUAAAGGGGAUCGAGGACCCGAAGCUUGGAAGCCAAGUUUGACUUCUUACUGGUGCACAUAUGCAAAAAUGUGGAUUAAGGUUAAGUAUGUCUAUAAUCUUACAAUUACGAGUGAUGAGAAGGCGGCUUUGGUUACUAUGAUGGAUACUUGUUGA